UCGAUAGACAGGCGCUAAAGGGGAUUGAUCAUAUCAUUAUAUUAUCCACAAUGCCGGCAUACCACUCCGUCUUCCUCCAGGAUCAGGGUAUCCCCGUAAUAGGCAACUUUCCUAUCCUUCCCCUCCGCACCCGCACUCGCGGCCCCGCAUACACUCUCCCCCCGCUACCGCCCAAUGUCCCCGACACCGAAAUCGCCGUCGACAGCGAGUCGUACGACUGUGUAGACGAGAUCCUGUCUCUCUUCCGCGCCAAUGUCUUGUUCCGGAACUUCGAGAUCAACGGCCCCGCCGACCGCAUGCUCAUCUACGGCACCUUGUUUAUCAGCGAGUGUCUCGGGAAGGUCAGGCCGAACAUGACCGCCCUCGAGGCUGGCAAGGCUCUUAACAACGUUGCGCUCGACUCCUUCGCCAUCCCGGGCGAUGCCUCCUUCCCCCUUAACCAAGCUUUCGAGCCGCCCCGCGAUCGCCAGGAUGCUGAGACACUGAGAGCAUACCUCUCGCAGGUACGACAGGAGAUUGCUAUCCGUCUACAUGCCAGAUUAUACCCCGGUGGCGUUGGCCCUUCAAAGUGGUGGUUGAGUUUUGCGAAGAGAAAGUUUAUGGGCAAGAGCUUCUAG